GCGUUUCCUUUCCUUGCUCACUCCAUUUGGUUUUUCUGGGUACCUACUGCCGCCCUCACCAGCUGCCACCUUUUGGUUCGCAACACUACCAAUCAACACUCUUUUAUAUAACAAGCCCCUCCCCACCCCGCUACCUCGCCUGACUUCAAGUUGUGCCUCUCCUAUCUCACAUUCAAGGCCCUCUGGUCAGGGCCCUUGAGUGUUUGAUCACUGAGAAAGCAAAGAGAAGUAUUAGACCAAUGGGGCUUACUGCAGUGUUUGUGGCUUGCAGUUUUCUGGCCAUAUUGAUUUCUUCUCCAACAAAUGCACAAACUGCCCCUGCACCACUUCUGCCUCCAUCUCCAGCACCUGCCCCUGCCCCACACUUCGUGAACCUUGCCGACCUGCUCUCUGUUGCUGGUCCUUUCCAUACCUUCCUCAACUAUCUUGAAAAAACUCAAGUCAUCCAAACCUUCCAAAACCAAGCAAACAAUACCCAACAAGGCAUCACCAUCUUUGUCCCAAAGGACUCAGCCUUCUCAUCACUUAAAAAGACCACCUUCUCCAACCUUACCCAAGACCAACUCAAGACCCUCCUCCUCUACCAUGCCUUCCCCCAGUACUACUCCCUGUCUGAUUUCAAAAACCUUAGUGCUUUGAACCCUGUGAACACAUUUGCGGGUGGAUCUUAUACUCUGAACCUCACUGACACCUCAGGGGUUAUUCAUGUCGCUUCUACCUGGUCGAAACCAGAGAUUACCAGCAGUGUGUACUCAACUGCGCCUGUCGCCAUUUAUGAGGUUGACAAGGUUCUGCUUCCAAUGGCAAUCUUCAGAACUGAGCCACCACUAGCACCAGCUCCGGCCCCAGCUCCAGAGACUAAAAAGCCAUCAGAUUUAGCUCCGACGAGCGGUGGUGGAAUCAGGUCUGCUCCCAAAUCAUCCGAGUCGUCAACCACUGAAAGUUCUGCUCACAACAUCUGCAUUAGCCUUUUCGGUUACUUGGUUAUGGCACUUUCCAGUGGCUUGAUGCUUAUUUUGUGAGAAGGAUCCUGAUACACAAGUGCCUUGGGUUAUAGCAAAAGGACAUUCAGUGCUCUGGCUGUGGCUCCAUCUUCUUUCAUGUUCAUUCUUUUCUACAGAGUAGUUAUGUUGUUGAAAUGGGAUUUCAGAUAUGUAAUAUGCUAAAGUUACUAUUGUUUCAUUUUGUUUUAUUUUAUUUUAUUUUUUUGUUUUUAUGUAAUGAUAUGGAAGAGAUUUUCUUAAUUGCCUCUGAUUUGAGACUUGUGUCA